AUGGCCAGUAUAAACAAAGUGGAAAUGCUAUCGGAAGAUAAAUUCCAAUAUUUUAAAGAUAUCUGCAGCAUUUAUAAAGCCAUUGAAAAUGGUGAAGAUACUGACGAGAUCAAGAAAAAGGUCACCGAUUUAUUUGGCAAAUUUGAAGAAUUUAGGCAAAAGUUAAAGUCAGUUGCAGCCAUUGAUAGGAAAAUAGAUGAUUUAAAUGCUGAAUUGGACAGCAGUAAUCAUAUGAUGAAGGAAAGAAGGAAAGUACUAAAGGAAGCAUUAGAAGUUUUUCGCUCCUUUACUACCGAACUUUAA